AUGAAACAAGUUGCCUUUAUGGUCGCUACAGUGUUCGCAGAUGUGUCUUGCGCGGCCUUCUGUGCUGCGUCUGCUUACGUUGGGUCCGGCCGGCCCGGGAGCUGUACCGGGCAGAACCUCGCCUACGGAAACUUAUCCCGAAGGGGUGUCAGCGAUUGUUUCACGGCAAUAAACGGUGCCUGUGGCCUGGUGGUUAACAAGGCGCGAGGAGGUGGCUGUAACUGCAGCGUCAACUUUUUCUCCGGGGGAGAUUGCAAUCAAACUUUGGUGGGCACACUGGCAUGUAAUAGAAUCGGUUCGUCGCUGCAGGUCAACUUCGAUCACUUCAACAUUGGAUGUUAUUAA